AUGGAGUUUACCACCCGCUUUGGGCUGCAUUCCCAAGCAACCCGACUCGAGAAGACCCGGUCCCGGCGCGCCGGGGCCGCCACCGGCCUCACACCGUCCGCGGGCUGUGCCUCGAUCAGAAGGACUUGGGCCCCGCCGGAGCGCCGCCGGGAGUGGGUCUUCCCGGGUCGCCACGUCCGAUCUGAGGUCGCGGUCCGAGAAGGAGAGGAGGCGCCCGCCGCGCUCUCUAACGGAAGGGGGGCUCGCGCGGUCCACCGCCGGCGCGGUCGGAUCGCCCGGCCGCCCCCUCCGAGGGAGGCGCGGCGCCACGCCGAGACCAUCCCGGACGCCGCCCCCUUCACCGCGAGGGCCCACGGGGAAACGUCCGAACACGGGCCGCGGGCCGGCGGCGGGCCGGACGCACCACGCCGCGCCCGGCCAUGCGCGGGAACCCCCGCAGACAGCCGCGGGGAGGGGGCGCGCCCCGCCCGGCCCGCCGGCCCGCCCGCACACCUCGCGUGCGACGCCGGAGCCGACUCGGGAGACGGGGCCCGUCGCGCCGCGCCGGGGCCGUCACCGGGCGGGAGCGGGCAGGCCGGCGGUACGGGACGGACGCCGUCGGGGUCUGGACUUGGGGACGGAGGCCCGGCCGCCCGGACGGCCCCGGCCCGGCCGACCUCGCCCGCCGCCACCGGGCGGGAGCGGCGGCGGGAGGAGGAUCCGCCGGCCCGGCCUCGGCCGGGCGGCGCGCCGGGGCCGUCGGCCGCCUCCCGCAGAGGGAGGGGCCGCGCCACGGGCGAACGCGCUCGGGCGUCCCCGGACGGGAGCGACGCACGCGGGCGGAACGGACGACCUUCCCCUCGCUCCGCCGCCACCGGGCGGGAGCGGGGCAGGCCGGCGGUACGGGACGGACGCCGUCGGGGUCUGGACUUGGGGGGACGGAGGCCCGAGGGCCCGCGAACCCCAGCCGCGCCGGAGGCGGCCCCUCGCCGCCCGCCGGGGACUCGGGCGCCGAUCCCCGCGCCGCGCAGGGAGGCGCCCGGGACCCCGGCGGGGGCGGGCCGCACUCAGUUGUCACUGUUGGUUAACGACAAAAAACGAGACGAGACGCAAGCUGGGUUUCAACGGGUAAAAAGACCGGGCGCUCGGCUCGGCCCGGGACCCCUCCGCUCGGGAGGCCCCACCGCCGCUGGGGGGGAAACGCGGAGAGUCGAGGCGGAGCUCCCCGGUCCCCGGCCUCGCCCGGCGAGGCAGCUCGAGGCUUUGAACCGCCGCCGACCCCGGGCGGGGAACGGCGUCUCGGGUACCCGGCCCACGUGUUUGGGGAGGAAACUGGCGGCGCGGAAAGAGGCCGACCCUCCGGCGCGGCGACCGCGACGCCGCCGGCCCCGGCCCGCCCGGACGGCCGGCCUCGGCCGGGCGGCGCGCCGGCCGCGCACGGAAGGGGACGCCCGGAGCUGGAAAACGGCCGCGGCGGCAGCCCGCCUCUCCUGCCCAUCGGGCCUGCGGAAGUUUCCCUCCGAUCGGUCCGACGCACCCGAGGGGGAGAGGAGCGGGAGCCGGGCCGGUCCGCCGGGUCCGGCACUCGGUCACGAAGGCGGAAGGAAGGAAGGACGAGCGGACGAAGCGAGACAGGGGCGCCGCGCUCGCCGGCGGGGCGGAGGCCGCGGAGGAGGAGAGGACCCCGGAGCGGGUGGCGCGGGGGCUCGCGACGAGGAGACCCCGUCGAGCCCCGCCCGGGCAGCUCGGGUCACGGCCCAGCCAACGACGGCGGGGGAAGCCCUGGUCGCGGCGCCGGAGGACGCGUCACCGCCCCUCGGACCGCGCAGCGGCGACCGGCACGGAGGCCCGGCCCGCCCGGACGGCCGGCCCGCCCGGACGGCCGGCCCGCCCGGACGGCCGGCCCGCCCGGCGAGGCAGCUCGAGGUUUUGAACCGCCGCCGACCCCGGGCGGGAACGCGCACCGGCACCGCCUCGGACCGCGCAGCGGCGACCGGCACGGACGGCCCGGCCCGCGCCCCCCCUUCCCUCCCCGGUGAGAGGGAGGGCGGGGAACGCGCACCGGCACCGCCUCCGGCGUCCGGGGCACGGCGCCCUCCGGGCCCGCCCCCGCCGCCGGGGGGGCGGGGGGGGCGCGGCCCGGCGCCGCGGGCGGCGUGCCCGGCCCGAAACCCCGGGAGAGUCAGACGGACGGCCGGCCCGCCCGGACGGCCGGCCCGCCCGGACGGCCGGCCCGCCCGGACGGCCCGCCGCGGGCCCCGGCCCCCCCUCGGCGUCUCUCGCUCGCUCGUGGCGCCCUCGCGCGCGCGAACGGCCGUCGCGCGCCCCUCGCCUCUUGACAACGUCGCUCGCCCUUUUCUUCCUUCGCGUCUCGCGCCGGAGCGGGCCGCGAAGCGGACGCGGCCGUGCCGCUCCGCCGGGCGCCGACCGGGCGGACCGAUCCCACACACCACCCCCCCGGCCGCUCCCCGGGCCCGGCGACGACGAGGUCGACCGCCGUCCGUAGGAGCGAGCGGGCGGAGGGAGCGAGGGCCCCGCCCGGACUGGCUUCCUUCCCCUCUGCGCCCUCUCUCUGGGACGAGAGCGGGGCGGCGGGCGGCCGCGAGCCCGCCCGCCCGCCGCCGCGGGUGGCCGACGGCCGGCCCCGGGCGCUCGCCCCGCGAGGCCGCGCCGCGGCGCGGGAAGGCAGCGUCGGCGUCGGGACCCCCGCGCGCGCGGGCGUCUCCCCGGCCGGGUCCGCUGGAGUAUUCCGGCGACCGGCACGGAGGCCCGGCCCCGGCCCCGGCCCGCGCCCCCCCUUCCCUCCCCGGUGAGAGGGAGGGCGGGGAACGCGCACCGGCACCGCCUCGGACGUCCGGGGCACGGCGCCAUCCGGUCCCGCACGCGCCGCAGGUAGGACGGAGGGCGCGCGGCCCGGCACCGCGAGCGGCGUCCCCGGCCCGAAACCCCGGGAGAGUCAGACGGACGGCCGGCCCGCCCGGACUGGCUUUCUUUCCUCUGCGCUCUCUCUGGGACGAGCGGGCGGAGGGAGCGAGGGCCCGCCCGGACGGCCCGCCGCGGGCCCCGGCCUCGGCCGGGCGGCGCGCCGGCCGCGCACGGAAGGGACGCCCGGAGCUGGAAAACGGCCGCGGCGGCAGCCCGCCUCCUGCCCAUCGGGCCUGCGGAAGUUUCCUCCGAUCGGUCCGACGCACCCGAGGGGAGAGGAGCGGAGCCGGGCCGGUCCGCCGGGUCCGGUAA